CAUACACUAUACUUCGAAACAUAGAACCAAAUAACAUAGAAUUGACAAUAGGACCCAAUAAAAAGCGCAUCGUUCAUAAAGAUAGGCUAAAGAGGGCCUAUCUACCAAUCAGCAACAUAGAUUAAACGUGAAAAUCGAUGCAAAAAUCAACUAGGUUCAUGAACACGCGCAUGCGCACUAACGAAAAAACCGAAAAACCGUUGGAAGCAACAAGUAGUAGCAUUCUAAAGAGAACGGUCAACGAGACAAGAACAAAGUGGACAAGAAAAAACGUGAAAACAAACAAAUAUUGAGAGAAGUGAACAGAUAUAUAAGAACGAUGCAUUUACAACAAUCCAUCGUCGACGUCCUAUGUAUUGAGGAUUUCAUCCCGGCAUUCGAAUAUAUAAACAAUCUACAGAUGGGAAGAAUGUGCAUAAUGUGCGCAAGGAGGGCUCAUGAGGGAGCUCACGAGCAAUGGCUCCACAUUGGAAGUCACCAUUUUAUAUUAAAAGAACAAGGCGACAAGCAGUCGCACUGCAUAGCUUGCAGAAGAGAAAUUUCAAUGAUACAACCCGCUAUAGCCUGCACCAAAUGCCAGCAAGCUUAUAGAAACAUGGAUCAAUCCGACAAACAAGCAUUCGAAAGAGGGAUUCUCCUGCCCUCAGAAGAUCCUAAUGUCUUUUAUUUGAAACAAAUAUUUCAAUAAUAAGUGUAAAACAUUCAGUACAAAAUAAAUAAAUAUUAAUUGCCAUUCUUACAAAAGUAUUUUAUUCAUCGAACCCAUAACCGCCAUUAUGGUCCUUCCCGCAAGAGAAAAGACAGAAAAAAUAGGUUAAAGAAAGAAAGAAGGCAUAAAGCGCCACCUACGCAAACGCCAUAUUUGAUUUUAAAAAUUUCUAACUACUAAAAUGACACGACGUGCAGGAAAAAGACAGCAAUUAAAACGUUUAAGAAAAGCCUUGAAAAAACUAAAUGAGACUCCAACACAACAAAAACAGGAAGCAGACACACCAUGGAGGUUAACCCUCAUUGAAAUCCCGGAAAUAAACUGGAAAACCUAUAAGAAGACAGAUAAAAAGGAUCCAAGACGAAAACAUGCAAGGAUCCUCAAAUAUUUUGGAAAUCUGGCAGCAUCCCCCAGAAACGACGAAGAAAGAUGUUUAUGCAAAUUCUGCUCCGGAAAACGAACAACAACCAAAGAGUCUCUUGAGGACAAGAGACUAACACAGGGGGAAGGCUGUAACAUCCAGCAGGAAGAGGAGUAA